AUGGAUCGGCAGCUAACGGAACAAGAGAUACGAACCAUAUUCGACCACAUGGACAAAAAUCACAACGGUUAUGUAACUGCGAAGGAACUCCGAGCCUACUUAAAAGCACAUGAUGCUAAAGUCACGAACAAAGAAAUAAAAGCAUAUAUUUCAAGGAUCGAUGAAAGUGGUGAUGGUCAAAUUAGUCUGCAUGAAUUUAUGAAGGCAUUUACACGCAACAAUAUGUUCAGUCCAGGCUACAGAACUAUGAGAUAUUGA